AGAGACUCGACCCUCCGCGGGACAGCGAACGCGCUGGCGGGACGCGUUUCCACAGCCUUGGACGUGUUUCCAACGCCUGUCAUUCCCACCACCACCUUCCUUUCCUGGAUUCCCUCCCCCAAAACCGUAGUCCACUUUCUUCUCCGUAAAGCGAACUCUCUCUCUCUCUCUCUCUCGUCCCAAUUUCCAUGCUCUCCAAGCCUCAGAUCGGCGCUUUCUCACCUCUUCUCAGAUCGUAGCUUCGCUGUCGGCGCCGUGCGGAGUCAAGGAUCGAGUCUUCUCUGGAGAAAGGAGCAAUCGUGGAGAAAGGGGCAUCGAUUGCCUAGGGUUUGUUUGGAAUCAAGGGUUUCGGAUCUGAUCCCGCCGCGCCAUGCUGUCGAAUCACAUACAGAACGGGAUCGAGACGGCGAGGCUCGUCUGGUCCCGGCUGCCGAACUCCGAGGAGGCGGAGGCGGAGGAGGAGUUGUUUGCGAGGAGAAGCAAUGGCGGCGCAGGGGUGGAGAGCCUCGAUUACGAGGUGAUCGAGAAUUAUGCCUACAGGGAGGAGCAGGCGCUGAGAGGAAAGUUGUGGCUUUGGUAUUAUGUAUGUCUUAAAUGGUUGUUUGCGUUGCUUAUUGGUAUUGGCACUGGAUUAGCUGCUGUUUUUAUUAAUCUAGCCGUUGAAAAUUUUUCUGGCUGGAAAUAUGCUGCGACUUUCUCUAUAAUACAACACUCAUAUUUUGCGGGUUUCUUGGUGUACAUAAUUUUCAAUUUGGGUUUAGUCAUUUCUUCUGUAUUUAUUGUCACACAUUUUGCACCAGCGGCAGCAGGAUCUGGUAUUCCUGAAAUUAAAGGUUAUUUAAAUGGAGUUGAUACGCAUGGAAUCCUUCUUUUUAGAACGUUGAUUGGAAAGAUAUUUGGAAGCAUUGGCUCAGUUGGAGGUGGGCUUGCUCUAGGCAAAGAAGGACCUCUUGUCCAUACUGGUGCUUGUAUUGCUUCGCUUCUUGGACAAGGUGGAUCCACAAAGUAUCACCUAAGUUCAAGGUGGUUACGCAUUUUCGAGAGUGAUCGAGAUCGCCGUGACCUUGUAACCUGUGGAUGUGCAGCUGGGGUUGCUGCUGCCUUUAGAGCUCCUGUUGGUGGUGUACUCUUUGCCCUGGAAGAGGUUACUUCAUGGUGGAGAAGCCAGCUUAUGUGGAGAGUUUUCUUUACAUCUGCUGUUGUGGCUGUUGUGGUUCGGUCUGCGAUGAGCUGGUGCAAGAGUGGGAAAUGUGGACAUUUUGGUUCAGGUGGCUUCAUAAUUUGGGACAUAUCAGGUGGUCAAGAAGACUACUCUUUUCAGGAAUUACUGCCCAUGGCCAUUAUCGGGGUUAUUGGUGGUCUUCUUGGAGCCUUAUUUAAUCAGCUUACUCUUUAUAUAACUAAUUGGCGUCGAAAGUAUUUGCAUAAGAAGGGAAAUAGAGUUAAGAUCAUUGAAGUAUGCCUUAUAUCUCUGAUAACGUCUGUCAUUUCCUUUGGAUUACCACUAUUUAGAAAGUGCAGUCCAUGCCCUAAUUCAGAAGUUAAUCCUGGUAUUGAAUGCCCUCGUCCACCGGGGACAGAUGGAAAUUUCGUGAAUUUUUACUGUUCUGAUGAUAAAGAAUACAAUGAUCUGGCAACCAUUUUCUUCAAUACACAGGAUGAUGCAAUACGCAAUUUAUUUAGUGCAAAAACAUUUCAUGAGUAUAGUGCUCAAAGCCUUCUCACCUUUCUGGUCAUGUUUUAUUCAUUAGCAGUGGUGACAUUUGGAACUGCUGUUCCAGCUGGUCAGUUUGUUCCUGGAAUAAUGAUUGGAUCAACCUAUGGUCGGCUUGUUGGAAUGUUUGUGGUUAAAUUUUACAAGAAACUAAAUGUUGAGGAGGGAACGUAUGCACUACUCGGUGCUGCUUCUUUUCUUGGAGGUUCUAUGAGAAUGACAGUUUCUUUAUGUGUUAUUAUGGUUGAGAUCACAAACAACUUGAAACUCUUACCCCUGAUCAUGCUUGUCCUUCUAAUAUCAAAGGCUGUUGGUGAUUUUUUCAACAACGGGCUGUAUGAAGAGCAAGCCCAACUGAGGGGCAUCCCCUUACUUGAAUCUAGGUCAAAACAGUACAUGCGUACUAUGACAGCAAAGGAGGCAUGCAAAAAUCAAAAGGUUGUCUACUUUUCUCGUAUUGUUAAAGUUGCAGACAUUGUUUCUAUUUUGCGAAGCAACAAGCACAAUGGUUUCCCCGUGGUAGAUCAUGGACAGAAUGGAGAGACGCUUGUGAUAGGUCUAAUUCUUCGUAGUCACUUGUUGGUUCUUCUACAAUCUAAAGUAGAUUUUCAGAAUAGUCCUUUUCCUUGUGAUAUCAGAGGCAUAUCCAACAGGCACAACUUCAGUGACUUUGUGAAGCCUGUUUCAAGCAAAGGAGUGUCCAUAGAGGAAAUUCAUCUCACUGAGGAAGAACUGGAGUUGUACUUAGAUCUUGCCCCUUUUCUUAACCCUUCUCCUUAUAUUGUGCCUGAAGAUAUGUCUUUGGCAAAGGUAUACAAUCUUUUCCGGCAGUUAGGAUUGAGGCAUAUAUUUGUUGUCCCUCGUGCUUCUCGUGUUAUAGGUUUAAUUACUAGAAAGGAUUUGUUAAUUGAGGAGAAUGAUGACUCAGCAAUCAUGGAGCUCCAAUCAACUAGUGUAAGGGAGAGCCUUGAUGCAACAGUAAGGUUGCUUUGAUGUGGAGGUCAGGUUCAAAACACGGAAAUGGCUUCCUCACAUGCAGGCAUAAGAUUUAGAGGGCGGGCUUUGGCACGAUGGUAAGGGGGCUCUGACGUGACCUUAGUAUCAUGGAUACAAAUCAUGGAAACAGCCCCUCUGCAAGUGGGGAUCGCAACAGCUAGAUAGAAGAACGAUGGGGAGACAUGUACAACUAGAGCACCCACUACUUGAUGGUAUUCUUACCCAAGAAUAAUUUGAGCAUGUUACUCACACACUCGACCUUUCAGGUUUUGCACACGAGUUAAUGCUUCCGUCGUUAUAUUCAGUAUACACGAGUACAUUUCUGUCCAUUGGUCCUGGUAAAGUGUACAAUAGGUACAAAAUUGUAGCAAAUGGGGUCUGAGGGAACCCAUAAUUGAUGAUAUGGUGAAUAUAAGCCACUGUACCAAAUGGGGCCUGAGGGAACCCAUAAUUGAUGAUAUAGUGAAUGUCAGCCGCUGUAAGCUCAGACAACAAGAAAGAAAUCAUUUUUUCACAUCUCAAAUAUUGUAGAAAAUAUAUUACCAAAUUUUCAAAAUCUUUGUUGGUGGUCUUGAACAUUUUCAGUGGAGCUACUAUUUCAUUA